UGCACAGAGUAAAAAUCGUUAGAGCACGUUACAUUUGUCGGGUACAGAAAUCCCAUACAUCCACCAUAACAUAACAGCGUAAUGCUCAAAUAACUGAAAUAGGCAGACUUUAGUCCACCUUGAACGAUGGCAGCGAAGACUCAGUCCCAUCUACUCGUUGCUGCAUUCGACUUUGGUACCACGUACAGCGGUUACGCGUUUUCCUUCCGAAACAACCAGCUAAAAGUGCAUGCCAACCAGUCUUGGUAUUCCGGAGGAAAACUCGUCUCUCUAAAAACGCCAACAAGCGUGCUUUUAAACCAAGAUGGCGAAUUUGACUCUUUUGGUUUUGAAGCUGAAGAUAAUUAUGCGAGUAAAGCGGAAGAUGACGAACACGAAGGAUGGCGAUUGUUCAGGCGUUUUAAGAUGGUUCUACACAACAAUAAGGAGCUUUCCAGAGCCACAACUGUGGAGGACAUAGAAGGCAACUCGCAUCAAGCUCUACCAAUCUUCUCGAUGGCGAUCAAGUUUCUACAAAAGCAUCUCCUACAGGCAGUAGCAAAACAGACGGUGGGUGUGCUAGAGGAGGACAUUUGCUACGUCAUCACGGUGCCCGCUAUCUGGGAUGACAAUGCCAAGGAGUUCAUGAGAAUGGCUGUCGAAGAGGCUGGACUCGAUGAAACCCGAGUAACACUUGCACUCGAGCCGGAAGCUGCCUCGAUCUGGUGUGAGACACUCGAUGUUGACACAAUGGCUGCGCUGGCUGAAACCGGAACUCAGUAUAUGGUCAUUGAUCUAGGAGGUGGCACAGCGGAUAUUUCUAUCCAAGAGAAGAAACAGGGCGGCACUCUGAAGGAAAUACAUCAGCCGAGCGGUGGACCAUGGGGCGGCAUAUAUGUUGACGCCAACUAUCUCAAGUUCUUGGAACACAUUUUUGGAGAGAAGGCUAUUACUGCACUAAAGAGCGAAGAAAUGACCGACUACUUUGACGUCAUCAGGGAAUUUGAAACAAAGAAGCGUACCUUUACCAAACAGACAAAGGGCAAAUUAAUGUUCAAAAUAUCUGCAACCACUAAGAAGCUUUCCGAGAAGUUUACCGGACAAAAUCUGGAGCAGAAGAUAGGUAGCCUUGGAUAUGGCGAUUCAGUUAUCGUUAAAGGUGGAGACAAGUUGCGAGUUGAGCCUGGCAUCGUUCGUACUUGGUUUGACGGUCCUAUAAACAACCUAGUAAAUCAUGUGAAAAGCCUUCUCAAGGAGCCUAAGCUGAGAGCGGUGCAGACCGUCGUGCUGGUUGGUGGUUUCGGAGAGAGCACGUAUGUUCAAGAGAGGCUUAGGGAUGAGCUCCCGGACAAGCGUCUGAUUGUUCCUGCUGAUGCGGGCCUCGCCGUGCUGAAAGGGGCCGUCAGGUUUGGACACAACCCAGCAAUUAUCACAUCAAGGGUCAUGAAAUACACGUACGGAGUUGAUGCAGACGUGGUUUAUGAUAAGAAAAUUCAUAGUGAAGACAAAAAAUACUAUGAUAAAGACGACGGAAAAUGGUGGGUCCAAAACUGUUUCACUGUGUUUGUUCGCGUAAACGAAGAUGUUCCCGUUGACCACCAAAAAUCAAGGGGAUACAAUCCUAUUGGAUAUAGGUCAAUCACACCCAUCUAUCGGACGACAGCAGAGAACCCCAUGUACGUGACCGACCCCGGCUGUGAGUUGCUCGGAACGCUGGUGACAGAGCUUCCCCGGGACAUCCCUCUCUCUGAGCUUCAUUACGAAACAACAUUCAUGUUUGGAGGGACCGAGCUUGUAGUGAAAAAACGUGUGGAAAAGACCGACGAUGAGCAGAUCUUGAAAUUAAAUUGUCUCAAAUAAGCUACAACGCACACCAAGAAUUUGCAAUGUGAACCUGAAAACACAAUGAGGGCAAACAUAUUAUCGAAAUGUGUUUUUUUCUGGAAAUACAGUUAUAUUAAUAUAAAACGAAACGAAGUUAUAGAGCAGAUCGUAUGAGAAAAAAAAACGGACCGGAGAAAAUCUUGAAAUUUAUUUGUUAUAGGUAGGCUACAACUGGAACCAAGAACCUGUGAUGUGAACCUGCGAAAUACAUUGUCAUAAACAUAAUUGUUUAACAAGCUUUUAUGCCUUUCGAUCCGAUUUGGUUUUAAAUGUAUGCAUUUGAAAACAAUUAGAUGCUGGUGUCAUUAACAAAAUGAAACUGAAUUACAUGCAAUGACUUUAAUUAUGUCUAUAUAAAAUGUAUCCUUAUGUUUAUAUUAUAUUUUCUGGUAUGCGUGAUGAUUAACUGUGUAUCUAAUAUAUCUAACAUUUUCCGGGAAAUUAAAGCAAUGCAUUGUGGUAAAUGGUGCAGUGCAUUGUGGUACUCGCUGGGCAUGCGCACUUAAAACAAAGGGAGACAACACAGUCUCCACUCAUUUCAAGGGCAUUAAUUCAUCUAGCAACCAUAGAAUGGGCAGAACAGAGGCCGGAUUUCGUGGUAACGGUAGACCGUAGAAGCAAAAUUUACGCUUUGAAUAUUAAAUUUGAGCGCGUUUAAUAGAAAGAAUAAAUAAAAUUAAGAAGUAGAAAUUACAGUUCAGUUCACCUUUAAGCUAUAUGUAACUUUAUGUUACCCUUUCCUGCAAAUUGUAAUUGCUUAUUUUUUUAUAAUUGAGAAUAAAUUUAUGUUUUGUUUAUAUGUAAAUAUGUAACUCUUUGAUGCUGUGUGAUCUAUCUGUACGUUUGUUUGUUUACCUAAGUGCUUCUCGUGCAGGGUUGUUUGGGUCCUAACUAUUUGCCUGAAAACAAGGUUUAUAGUGGAAGUUUUGACUAUUGUGCGUUUCUCUGUAGUUUUCAGUAUAUAAUUCAA